CUAGGGUGAAACAUUUGGCGGCUGGGGUCAGCGACGGUACCCGUGACCAUGAGAUCCCUGCAGCUGCUCAGAACCUUCUUCUUGUGUGGCCUGCUUUGGGGCCUUUGUGCCCCAGGCAUCGGGGCUGAACAACCUGGGGCCAGCUUCUCACAUGCUGGCAACAUGGGCCUGGAUAAGAACGCAGUGCACAACCAAGAGCAUAUCAUGGAGCAUCUAGAAGGUGUCAUCAAUAAGCCAGAGGAGGAGAUGUCCCCACAAGAACUGCAGCUCCAUUAUUUCAAAAUGCACGAUUACGACGGCAAUAAUCUGCUUGAUGGUUUAGAACUCUCCACAGCCCUCACGCAUGUGCACAAGGAGGAAAAGAGUGAAAGUGCACCACCAAUGAAUGAAGAUGAGCUGAUUGGCUUCAUAGAUGCUAUUUUGAGAGAUGAUGACAAGAACAAUGAUGGAUAUAUUGACUAUGCUGAAUUUGCAAAAUCCAUGCAGUAG